UUUUUUUUAAUCUUCUUCUUUCAUUACAUACAUAAAAUCUCUGAAUUAACAUUUGUAUUUGUUUUUUUAUGUGUUUUGUUACAGGGUGAUCCAGUACACCAAAAGCAUAUUGUUGUCACAUUCCACGACAUCGGACUAAAUCAUACAUCAUGGGUAAAGUUUAUCAGCACAAAAGCAAUGGCCCCGAUGGUGGGUAAAGUGUGUUUCAUCCAUAUCAAUGCCCCUGGCCAACAGGACAAUGCCGAUAGACUCCCUGACGCGUACAGGUAUCCAAAGAUGCAAGAGCUGGCCGAUGAGAUUCCGGGAAUCCUCAAAGAAUUAGGAGUUCCAGAGAAUCGUGAAUUGAUUGGACUAGGUGAAGGAGCUGGUGCGAACGUUCUACUCAGGUUGGCCAUGAAAUAUCCAAAGCGUAUACUAGCCUUAUGUCUGCUGGAGUGCACCACCACAACAGCUGGCUUCUCAGAGUGGGGAAGCGAGAAGGUAGCAUCAUGGCAGUUGAAACACGGUCAUAAGAUGACAGCUAAUGCUGAGAAGUAUAUCCUCUGGCAUCACCUUGGUAGACGAACACACUCACCGGAGUAUGUAGAGAUUGUGAAGCAGUACCAUGAAAACCUCUACAAAAUGAUGAAUGCCCAUAAUCUUGGACUCUUCAUUGACUCCUUCUGCAAUCGAACAGACAUCAACCAUCAUCUAAAGGAUUUCACCCUGCCCCUACUUCUAGUGACUGGGAAGAAAUCCCCCCAUGCUCAUGAAGUGGAAAAAAUCUAUGAGAGCCUUCCAUCGAAGAAGAACUCCAGUUUCUUGAUUCCUAAUGAUGUCGGAGGCGAUAUCAAGGAGGAAAAUCCUGACCGCCUGGCGGAAUCUCUUCAGUUGUUCUUACAAGGCGUAGGCAUCAUCGGCAGCGUUGGUAUUCCAGGUCUUCACCAGGUGUCUGUAAAGCCGCGCUCUGGGAGUAUGACCGACUACGACAAAGCCAACCCUUCCAACAAAUAAGCAUCUCCGCCAGCUGCUGCUGCCCGCACUCUUCCGACACCCCUCCCACGUUCCUCCUCUCGCCAGCACCAAUCGACCAAUCAUUAGCCCUUCGGAGUCGAGAAUCCAAUCUAAAGCCCUUGCACCCAUCGUCACCUUUGAUUAUGUUUCUUACUCAACUUUUAUGUAAAGCACAAAGUUCAAAUAUCAAUGCAAAUGUUUAUGAAAGGCAGAGACUGCAAGGGCAAUUUUGAGGGACUCUUUUGCCAUUUUAUAUUUUGUAAAAUAAUGUUUUUGGGGUUUGUGUUCAUUCUUUCAAGUUUUGUGAUGUAAGUGAAAGAGGAUUAUGAACAAGUUCUGGUGGUAUUGGGGUUUUACAAUGUAAGAUGUAUCUUGGGUUGGCUUCGCAGAUUAAAAGGAGUAGAGGAAAGGGUUUAUGUUUCGAGAACAAUUUUAAUUGUAUUCAGUCACGUUGGAAUCAGUAGAGUUAUUGCAUGUUUAUGUCCCUUAUGGACCAACUUUAGAUAA